AUGAUGAUGACGGGUGUUUUUAACGUUUUGAAUCUCUGCUUUCUCUUGUUCAUCCAGUUUCCCAAUAGUACCUCCAAUAGUACCUCCGAACAACAAGAGACACAAAAGCAACCCAGUGUAUGGCCCGAGAUCUGGUCCAUCAUCAAGACCAGAACCUUUUUGACCCCGAUGGCUUCCAUGACUCUUGCCUGGAUCAUAAUGUCCGCGCCAAUGACACUACUACGAGUUGCCAUGCAUGAAGUGGGAUUCUCCGAUCGUCAGUCUCUAGUUGGCAUUGAGCUCCACUUCAUUGGCAUGUACGCACCUGGCUUCUUUGUGGGGGCUCUGAUUCAACAAUUUGGUCCCCGUUGCAUGACGGCCUCGUCGAUUCUGCUUUUUGCAGCCGGCAUUGCCACCCUUCAAACGGCGCAAGGCAACGAUGAAAGUGGUGACAUGCCGGAAGCCGUGUGGUUUGUGGGCAUGAUUCUCAUGGGUGCGGCCUGGAAUGUGGGCUUUAAUGGUGGGACCGUUUGGCUCACACAAUCCUACCGAGAAGCGCCGCAGCUCAAAUCAUCCAUUCAGUCUGCCAAUGACCUGCACCGGGGCCUUUGUCGCCAGUACUUCCUUCUUGUACCGUACGAAGCGGGUGGGUCGCAACUACAGGGUUGGCAGGCUGUUCACUGGAUCGCCUUGGAACUUCUGGGCGUCUUUGUCGUACUGCUACUUGUCGACGCCAUUCUAGUGCAACGACAACGGAAAGUUUCAGCUGUGACAGCCACAAACGAAUGA